CUUCCCCGCGUUAGAGCCCAACUCCUUCCAAAGUGUCCCGGGACUCAGAGCUGCGCUUCUCCCACUCCCCUCAGCUUCCUAAGGAUUUUGUUUCUCAGGGAUGGCCGCAUCUAUUCUGGAGGUAGGGAAUGUAAUUGAAGACGCACGCUAUGGCUCCAGUCCUCUGGCUAUGUUAACUGCUACCUGUAACAAGUUUGGCAGCACCAGCCCCGUCAGGGAUUCAGCUACACCCGGUAAGACCAGCAGCUCCACUCCAGUAAAGAAGCCCUACACCAUGACCUCUGACCUUCAGACAGCUAAGAACGGGCGGACCACAGACGGCAGUGGCCUGGCGGACUCCUACACUGGCUCCUUCACCACAGCUGGAGGAGGAGGAGGUGGCGGGCUGCUUACUCCCACUGGAAGCCCCCCUCCUUCCGCCGGAGGCUACACUACAGAAUAUAACCCUUUCUCCCACUCCUUCCAGACCUCUGUCUCCCAGGACCCGUCUCUUUUAGUGUCCAAGGCCCACGCUACGGCUGACUGUCUCACCAGCGUCUAUACCUCGCUGGACAUGACACACCCUUAUGGCUCCUGGUAUAAGGCUGGUAUCCAUCCUGGCAUAACUGCUGCUCCAGCUAAUGCCACGUCCUCCUGGUGGGACGUCCACCCCAACUCCAACUGGCUCUCGGCGACACAACCCCAGGCGGACGGAGGUCUCCAGGCCUCGCUGCAGCCUGUAGCACCGCAGGCCUCCCUCAGCCCACAGCUGCCCAGCUACAGCACCGACUUUACGCCACUCAACCCAGCUCCUUACCCUUCUGUGGGCCUGGGCUCCUCCUCUCAUCUCCUGCAACCUUCCCAGCACAUGUUGCCCCAGGACAUGUACAAGCCCAAGCCUGUGCCAAGUGCAGGGCUGAUUGAGAGUCCCAUGGGCCUAAAGCCUGCGAGGGGAUCAGGGGGCUACAGUGGAGGGGGUACACCCACCAGGUCUUCAUGUGACUGCCCCAACUGCCAGGAGCUGGAGAGGCUGGGAGCCUCAGCUGCAUCCCUGAGGAAGAAACCGGUCCACAGCUGCCACAUCCCCGGCUGCGGGAAGGUCUACGGGAAGGCCUCCCACCUGAAAGCCCACCUGCGCUGGCACACCGGGGAGCGGCCCUUUGUUUGCAACUGGCUGUUCUGCGGGAAGCGUUUCACCCGCUCAGAUGAACUGGAGAGGCAUGUGCGCACCCACACGCGGGAAAAGAAGUUCACCUGUCUACUGUGCAACAAGCGUUUCACACGCAGCGACCACCUCUCAAAGCAUCAGAAGACCCACGCAGAUUCUGCCAUGCAGGGUAAAGCUGUAGCUGUGGAGGGAGACACAGACCCUCGCAGUGAAGAGACGGCAGAGCUCAACUCCAGCGCUGUACCCACCAAUCCCGUCGCUGAUCAGAUCACCAAUGGGGAUGAGAAGACUGGCACGCCUAACGGAGUGGAGAACAGCAGUGGAUUGUUGGAGAUCUGACUUGAUUAAGUCUUCUAUCUAGUUUUGUUUUGUGACAUGAUGGGUUUGUUUGUGUUUGUUUUUUAAUGGGGAAAAAUUCACGUUUCAAAUGAAAAAAACUCUUUGUUUUGUUUCAAGACUUACAAAGGAUAUCAGACGAUGUUUGAAAAGACUUGAUAUGAUAAUAGACUGAGCAUGUUGCAGGUAGCAAUCACUUUAUUUACUCUGGACCACACACAGACACAGACACACGCAUGCAAAUAUGAGCAAGCCUGCAGACAUUCACCAGUGCAUUAAUGUAUGCAGCCUUACACAAACAAAAUAUGUGCAACCAAGCAGAGACUUAUGUGAAUUCAAAUGCACACAUUCACAAGAUGCAGAAAAAUACUACGAGCAAACGUUUAAGCACAAAUAAUGCAUACAUGGAUGCAAAUGUGCACACUGAAGUAUGUCUGCUCUGAGACAUACACAAGUAAACAUGGUCAUGCACACAUUUUGAAGCAUACACACAUUUUCUGCCUUUCAAAUGAGACAAACCACUGGGGAAAUUUAAUCUGCAAAAGCAGAAGGAAAAGAGCUCCGAAGCCACAAAAGGAAAGUAGUUUUAGAAUGAGACUUAUGGUCAGGAUGACGGAGUUGAUGGAGCAUUGCAUGCCGAGAGAAAAAUCUGAUUUACAGCUGUACUUUGAUACUUAUUCAUUAUUCUUGAAACAAUCAGUGGGCAGUCUUACUUACAGCUUCUUGUUGCCAAAGACAUUCUGAUGUACAAGGUAUUGCAUUUCACUAUUGUUUGCUGUUUGCUUCUUACUAUGUCUAAUUUAAUUUCAUAUUUACAUAAAUAAUCUAAUUUAUGUCUUAAAUUAUACACAUGGAAGAUUAUCUUGCACCCUGCAGGAAAUAUAAUACAUGAAAAGGAAUGCAAGAUGGUUGAAGCUGGCCAAAAAGAAAAUAAAAUGCAUUAAAUUAAGACUUUUUUUUUCUUAUUUAUUAGUUAUAAGGUGGAGUUUUGGGCUAUGUUUUUAAAGUUUUAUUUAUAGAUCUUGAAGUCAAAUGUGCGUGUAAACUAAUUCUAUAUAAUCUUUUCAUUGUGAAGGCUUCCACACCAGGCAAAGUAUUGAAUAAUAAGGGCUUCCUUCCUUGUUUGUACAUACUAUAUAUUGACAACAAUAUAUAGAUAUUGUUAGGUGUGCUAUUUUUCUACUUUUUUAUGUAUUUUCUAUAUUGUAAGUGUAACUUUCCACAAUGAAAAGAUGUCUAUGUUGCUGCAGUUAACAGAAACAUAAGAACUUAAUUUGGUGGUCAUAAAUUUCCUCAUUAUUUUAGAAGUAAACUACUAGUAUUUGCUGAGUUGUUGUGAAAUGAGUGUAAAAGAUACUGUAAAUAGUAUUAAAGCAUUAAACCUCGUAAAGGUAUACAUGUUGUAAGAUUUAUGGUGUGGAAUCGUGACAAUUUUGGUGCUUUUAAGAGUAAAGAAAUUUAAAAAGCA